AUCUAGAUCUAUCAUAUAAUCAUAUGUAUAGAUGAUUAGAUCUAGACAUUCUAGAUCUACUCCAAUACUUUGCAGUUUCUAGAUUAAGACAGUUAUCUUAUAUAUUGCAGACGUUACUUCAAAAACCCCUGUUUUGAAUAUGAAGUAUAUUUCACAAUUUUUAAUUUACUACUGAAGUCUACUAUUAUAUUCAGUGCAAGAAUAUGAUGCCUGUUGGUGGAGAAUACGAAGAAGACUAUAAUGAAGGUCACAUAGACUACAGACAGAAAUACAAGACACUGAAAAAAAAAUUAAGACUAUUGGUUUAUGAACAGGAAUGUUUUCUUGAUGAACUGAGAAAUGCACAGAGGAAGCUUCUUAAAGUCACAAGAGAUCGUAGUUUUUUACUAGAUAGGCUCUUGCAGCAGGAGAAAAUAGAAGAUUCCUCUGCAGAAUCUGAUGCCACCAAUUCUACAGAUACAGAUGAUGGUGGGCAUAGAGAUACUGGACCAGCUAAAAAACGCAAGCUUGGCCAACUUUCUUCUGCUGCUGACUUAGCCCAAAUGUUGCAGGGUGUUUCUAAACAUAGCAGCGCUGGAGGGGAGGCUCACACCACUAAAAAGAAAAGCAAAAGUUCUACUAAAAAGAGUAAUAAAUCAAGUAGUCAGAAAUCAGCAGCAGUCAAAAUAGAAUCUCCUGGUCAGAUGACAAGAGAAGAACUGGAAAGGCACUUGGAAUCCAAACGUCAUGAGUUUGGUAUAGAAAAAGCUACUGCUUCAUUACCUAUGGAGAUUUUUAGCAAUGAUCCAAACCAAGAGAGUGAUCCUGGUGCUGAUGGGGGAGAGGAAGAUGAAGAUGACCUUGUUAUUGAUGUUCCACACUAGCAAGAUCAUAAGAACAAACUUUUUGUUAACAUUCACUUUUGUAUUUGUACAUAGAACUUUUUUUUUUGUAUUGUACAGAUGUAGUUGAAAAAUUAAUACUCUUUGACAAUC